AUGGCUUCUGGAAUCUUUAACUCCACCUACUACGGCAAGGACUACCGCGCCGGAGCGGCGCUGCUGCGUGCCCGGCGGCCCUAUCUGUUCAAGAACGCCGUGACGGGUCUUGGGCUGGUUGUUUGUGUGGCAGGUAUCUACACCUACACCCUCCGCGCCGUUGGCCAAGAAGAUUUCUCCGACGUCAAGGUCCCCGACGCUCCCGUGCAGAGCCAGUCGCAGAAGAAAUAA